GUUGCAUGGCUCAGCCCUGACAGCUCAGAGGGAGUGUCUUCCAUGUAGUCCCCGGCAUUCAGGAGAUGCAAGCAAAAAAGGCCUCUGUUCUACUCACUCCUCAGUGUCCCUUUUGGCUCUUCAGUGGCCUCAGAAUGUUCCUUGUUGUACUUCAUCCAGUCUCUUUAGUCUAAUUUGUGCUGCUGUAUGAUCUGCGCUCUCUGUGUAUCCUGGGAAGUGUAGCCAGCAAGACGGGACAAGGGCAGGUGGGCGCCCAUAUCACAGCCCCCGACCAUGGCGGAAAAGUGCAGCGAGGGGUUGCUGAAUGGUGCUGUGCCUGGUGAGACAGAAAAGCGUGACGAGAACGUCAAACGUGGCAACUGGGGCAACCAGAUUGAGUUUGUUCUCACAAGUGUGGGCUAUGCUGUAGGACUUGGGAACGUGUGGCGCUUCCCUUACCUCUGCUAUCGCAAUGGGGGAGGUGCUUUCAUGUUCCCCUAUUUCAUCAUGUUGGUGUUCUGUGGGAUCCCCCUCUUCUUCAUGGAACUCUCCUUUGGACAGUUUGCUAGCCAAGGUUGCCUGGGUGUCUGGAAGGUUAGCCCCAUGUUUAAAGGUGUUGGGUAUGGUAUGAUGGUUGUGUCUACCUACAUUGGGAUCUAUUAUAAUGUUGUGAUCUGCAUCGCCUUCUAUUAUUUCUUCUCAUCAAUGACACGGGUGCUACCCUGGACAUACUGCAACAAUUACUGGAACACACUUGAUUGCACCGGUGUGUUGGACAUUACCAAUGGCUCAGCUGGGUCAUCACUCAACUUCACGCAGCUGUUCAACCAGACAGUCAAACGCACUAGCCCCAGUGAGGAAUACUGGAGGCGGUACGUCUUAAAGCUGUCGGAUGAUAUUGGGAACCUGGGUGAGGUGCGGCUUCCCCUACUGGGCUGCUUGGGCGUCUCUUGGAUUGUUGUUUUCCUCUGCCUCUUCAGAGGAGUCAAGUCCUCAGGAAAAGUUGUGUAUUUCACUGCAACCUUCCCGUACGUGGUGCUGACUAUCUUAUUUGUGCGGGGGAUAACCCUUGAAGGAGCCGUUAAUGGAAUCAUGUACUAUCUGACACCGCAGUGGGACAAAAUCCUUGAUGCAAAGGUGUGGGGAGAUGCUGCUUCCCAGAUCUUCUAUUCAUUGGGCUGUGCCUGGGGCGGACUUAUCACCAUGGCAUCAUAUAACAAAUUCCACAAUAACUGCUACAGGGACAGCAUCAUCAUCAGCAUCACCAACUGUGCCACAAGUGUCUACGCAGGCUUCGUCAUCUUCUCCAUUCUUGGCUUCAUGGCCAAUCACCUCGAUGUGGACGUUUCUAAGGUGGCUGACCAUGGACCUGGCUUGGCCUUCGUGGCUUAUCCUGAGGCACUAACGCUACUUCCUAUCUCUCCUCUGUGGUCUGUUCUCUUCUUUUUCAUGCUCAUCCUCCUGGGACUGGGCACACAGUUUUGCCUCCUGGAGACUCUUGUCACUGCCAUUGUGGAUGAAAUAGGAAAUGACUGGAUCAUACGUUGGAAAACCUUAGUGACUCUGGCGGUGGCCGUGGUGGGCUUUCUCCUAGGUGUUCCUCUAACUACUCAGGCUGGCAUCUACUGGCUGUUACUGAUGGACAACUAUGCAGCAAGCUUCUCACUUGUUGUCAUUUCAUGCAUCAUGUGUAUUGCCAUCAUGUAUGUCUACGGGCAUCGAAACUACUUCAAGGAUAUUGAGAUGAUGCUGGGUUUCCCACCACCCCUCUUCUUCCAGAUCUGCUGGAGGUUUAUCUCUCCUGUUAUCAUAUUUUUUAUCCUCAUCUUUACGGUGAUCCAGUACCGGCCAAUCUCCUACAAUGCCUACGUUUACCCCAGUUGGGCGAUCACCAUUGGUUUCCUCAUGGCACUUUCAUCUGUCAUCUGCAUCCCCAUCUAUGCUGGGUUCUGCAUUAUGCGCUCAGAAGGGGACUCACUGCUACAGCGUUUGAAAAACGCUACCCGGCCGAGCCGUGAGUGGGGCCCAGCUCUUACAGAGCACCGGACAGGCCGCUACGCGCCGCCACUCAGCUCCUCCACAGAGUCCCAGCUGGAGGUGCAACUGCUGAACCCUGAAAAGCCCAAGAACGAUGAGGUUGGAAUGGUGGCUGCCAUCACCAUCGGAAGCAAUGGCUCUACCCACAGCCAGGACUCCAAGAUCUGAAUCAUGGCCUGGGAGGCAGGACAGGGAGCCCUCUGUGCACCUCCCCUUUCCCGCCUGCCCUGGCCCUCCAAACCCUAUUCUGCUCAGAUGUUCUAGAGUGCCCCCCGCUGGGUGGGGGUGCCCUGGUUCCCAGGCUGUACCAGACUCUGGGGGAGGGGCCUGCAAGUUCCUGCCCCACCCACUUCAUUAGUGUCCACCCCUCUGUGCCAUCUUGUAACCUUCUUGUUUACAAUAAUAUUCCGAUGGCCCCAAUUCAGAGUCAGGGCCAGGGACAGAGAUGGGGAGGGUGUGCACUGGCUGACCAGGUGGUUGGGGGUGUGCCUAGAAGGGGUACCAAGAGGAGGGUCAGUUGGAGCCUCAUUGGCUCAGCAGCCCCUUCAAGAUGGAUGCUGGCAGCUGCACCUGGGCCCAGGGGGUCUGGAAUCUAAAGGGGAUUGGAAUGCCCCAUACUGCCCUGGAUCAGGGCCGUGGGGACUGACCCCACAGAGAAGCAAAUGGGGAAUCUGGGGAGGGGGGAGGCAAGGUGACGUUGGGAGCAGUUGUAAAUGUAAAUGAGGGAACAUUCUAAGCAAAGCAUAGCCGUGGGCUCAACAGCCCUCGGGGGGCUGUUGCCCCUGCCAGGGCUCACCGGGAGAUACGUGAAAGACUGCACACCACCCACCAAGGCACAAACCUCCCCAUCUUCCCCACCUCUCUCAUGUCUAGGACAGGAGAGGGAGUUGCUCCCCAACACUAUCAAUAGGCACUUAUUUUGAGUCAUGAUUCCCACUUAAAGAAACAUUAUCACUAGAAACUGUGUAGUGGGUUUGACAGAUUAAUAAUGUGGGGGAAUUGCUGGAGAGCUCUUUCCGCACGGGGUUACAGUCAAUGAAAGGAAGGGCACAUCACUAGCCUAUGAACAUAACAAAGCCUCCAUGUGACUGCAAAUUGAUCUCAAAGAUAGCCUUACUUGCACAUCCAUCUAGAAUCUCUUUCUCUCCCAAGCCCUCAAAUCUCUCCUACAGGAAUCCAAGCAGACAUAGAGUAUUUGGGAGAUAGACAAUUGGUUAACUAUCUCCCACUUCUUAAUAGAAACCAGAUCUUGAAGAAGUUACUUCUAUGGGUGUGACCCUGUAGCUGCCUGGAUAGCUCCUAGAAACUUAGGACUGAGAGUUCUAAGUCCAAAAAAAGUAACUUCUCCAGGCUUUGAGCACAACUGAGACCCUGGAUGCAUCUUGUGACCGUGAUUUAAAUCCAGGGCACACCCGCAGGCUAGGGACAGAAUAUGCCAAUCCAUCACACUUGGCUUUGUACAAGUGGGCACCUUUAGACUGUACAGCACCAUCUCCUGGAGGUUCAGCCAAGCCUAAUAUUCUUGGUAGCGAUCCUGGGGGAGUUGGGUUAGGGGGCCAAGGUGGGCAUUCGGACACACAGUUUUAUACCUUUGUCCUGAAAAGGAGUAAAGGAAUCUGAGUGGGUAACUCAUAGUGGCAAAAGCCAUUGGGACCUAGACUGCCCCACCCCCUAGGGAAGGGAGCAGAGCAAACCAUGGUGCCAAGAGCACAUGAUGUGCCAAUACUGAUCCACACCACUGGGGGGGGCAGAAAAGGCAAAAAGCACAACCUUUUAUACCACCCAUCCCUAGCCAGGCAUGACCAACAUCUCUGGUAUUAACAGUGUGUGUAUGUGUGUGUGUGUAAACUACCAGACCUAUGCUGCAGGCACAGCCACGUUGGCAGAGGCACUGGUGCUCGAUCUGGCUGCAAGACUUCUCUCUAACACACUGGCUCAGAUGGGUAGUAGAAGUCACUAAUGGUUCUGUCUUCUGGCCUCAUCACUCCUCCUUUCCCUGCCAGUGUUUCUGCCUGCACUUUAUCCCCUAGAAAUGCUUGGGAGGAGGAGGAGGAGGAGACAGGAGGCAGCCCUGACAGCCAUUGUUCUGCCCUCUGUCCUGUGGCAAUGUCGUCAAGUCAUUUAACCAUGCCAAACAGUGCAUGCUGGGGGCAUCCCUAAUUCCCCAUUAUGCACAACUGCUGUGGUGCCAACAAGCAAGAGCACCUCCGGUUCCUACCCCAGCUAGUGGCAUGGGCACCGUGGCCAGUGUUUAAGUGCCAAAUGUCUGCAUCAUCACGAGCAGAUAGAGAGGGGACAGAUGGCUCCAUGCCAUGAUGGCUUUUGCCCUAAGUCUCCAACACUCAAUCCUUUCUUCCUCUGUACCGAAGAUGCACUAUUUAAUGCAUGGUUCCAUGUCUGUCCUUCGCUCCCCGUGUCAAGUGUGGCAAGGACCAUUUGCUGCCUCUCAUUGUUCAUAGCAAUAAUUGUGAUGCGUUUCCCAUACUGUGACUCUCCCAGUUGUAGAUUUUUAAAGUCCAAUAGAUUUUAAUGAAAUUUAUAUUCCUGAA